GGGGUUCUGGUUUAAAGACUUGGUGUCAGUCUGUUAAGAGGAAAAGCCAACAAAUAAAUUGGUUUUUUUUUUGGAUUCUUGGAAUUGGUGCUGCAUUCAUCCGGAGAUUCUGCUGUUGAAGUAGCAGUUUUGGGUUGGUUAAUCUGUGUUGUGAAAUUGGGGUAGAAGCAAAGGAUGGCUGGAGGUAGAAGAAGGAAGCUACAUUUCAGAAAGAUCUAUGCCUUCUCAUGUGGGAAAGCAUCUCUCAGGGAUGACCUUUCACAGAUUGGUGGACCUGGGUUCUCAAGGGUGGUCUUUUGCAACGACUCAGAAGGCUAUGAAGCCACAGCCCUCAAUUAUAGAGACAAUUACGUUAGAACUACCAAGUAUACGCUUGCCACUUUCUUUCCCAAAUCCUUAUUUGAGCAGUUCAGGAGAGUCGCUAACAUAUUCUUCCUCGUUGUUAGCUGCUUGUCCUUCACACCUCUUGCUCCUUACUCAGCUGUCAGUUCCGUUAUCCCUCUUGGUAUUGUGAUAGGGGCUAGCAUGAUUAAAGAAGCCAUCGAAGAUUGGACGCGUAAGAAGCAGGAUAUUGAGGCAAACAAUCGAAAGGUUAAGGUGCAUCGUCAUGAUGGCAGUUUUGAUGAUACAAAUUGGAGGAACCUGAGAGUCGGAGAUAUAGUGAAGGUAGAGAAGGAUGAUUUCUUUCCUGCUGACCUUCUCUUGCUUUCCUCCAGUUAUGAGGAUGCAAUCUGCUAUGUUGAAACCAUGAACCUUGAUGGGGAGACAAAUCUGAAAGUGAAACAAGCACUGGAUGUAACUUCAGGUUUACAUGAGGAGGGUGACUUCAAAGAUUUCAAUGCAGUAGUUAAAUGUGAAGACCCCAAUGCGAAUCUGUAUACUUUUGUUGGAACUAUGGACUUUGAAGAGCAACAGUAUCCCCUUUCACCUCAGCAACUUCUCCUUAGGGACUCAAAGCUGCGGAAUACAGACUAUAUCUAUGGGGCUGUUGUUUUCACAGGCCAUGACACAAAAGUUAUGCAGAAUUCCAUGGAUCCACCAUCUAAGAGAAGCAGCAUUGAGAGGACUAUGGAUAGACUUAUCUACUUCAUGUUCUCUAUGUUGGUUUUGAUUUCUCUCAUUGGAUCUAUCUUUUUCGGUAUUUGGACUAAAGAAGACCUUCAAAAUGGCAGGAUGAAAAGAUGGUAUCUUAGACCGGAUGACACCACAAUUUACUUUGAUCCAAAAAAUGCAUCCAUUUCGGCAUUUUUACAUUUCUUAACUGCCCUGAUGUUGUAUAGCUACUUCAUCCCCAUCUCCUUGUAUGUGUCCAUAGAAAUUGUCAAAGUUCUGCAGAGCAUCUUCAUCAACAAAGACCUGCACAUGUAUUGUGAGGAAUCUGAUAAGCCUGCACAUGCCCGCACCUCGAACUUGAAUGAGGAACUUGGCCAAGUAGACACUAUUCUUUCAGAUAAGACAGGUACUCUGACGUGCAAUUCAAUGGAAUUCAUCAAGUGUUCAAUAGCUGGGACAGCUUAUGGUCGCGGGACCACAGAGGUUGAAAGGGCUAUGGCUAAGAGAAAAGGUUCACCAUUGGUUCAUGAGGAGGUAUCUGAUAUGGGCUAUGUUGAGGAUUCUGCUGGUACAAUACCAACUGUUAAAGGCUUCAAUUUUAAGGAUGAAAGGGUCAUGAGUGGGAAAUGGAUUAGUGAGCCUCGCUCAGAUGUCAUUCAAAAAUUCCUUCGGUUAUUGGCAAUCUGCCAUACAGCCAUACCUGAUGUGGAUGACGAGACGGGGAAUAUUGCAUAUGAGGCAGAGUCCCCAGAUGAGGCAGCCUUUGUGAUUGCAGCAAGAGAACUUGGCUUUGAAUUUUACCAGAGGACACAAACAAGCAUCUUACUGCGCGAGUUGGAUCCUGUGUCCAAAAAGCAAGUUGAAAGGUCGUAUAAGCUUCUGAAUAUCUUAGAGUUCGACAGUACAAGAAAGCGGAUGUCUGUCAUAGUAAGGAAUGAGGAGGGGCAGCUAUUACUACUCUGCAAGGGUGCUGACAGUGUCAUGUUCGAAAGGCUUGCAAAGAAGGGGAGGGAGUUUGAGCUGCAGACUCAGGAGCAUAUGAAUGAGUAUGCUGAUGCAGGCUUAAGAACCUUGGUGCUUGCUUAUCGUGAACUCAGUGAGGACGAAUAUAAAGAGUUUAACGAGGAAUUCACUGAGGCCAAGAACUUGGUCAGUGCAGAUCGUGAUGCAAGGAUUGAAGAAGUGGCGGAGAAGAUGGAGAAGGAUUUGAUUCUUCUUGGUGCUACUGCUGUUGAGGACAAAUUGCAACACGGGGUUCCAGAGUGUAUUGAUAAACUUGCGCAAGCUGGAAUCAAAAUAUGGGUUUUGACUGGAGAUAAAAUGGAGACUGCUAUUAAUAUUGGUUUUGCAUGUAGUCUGCUUAGACAAGGAAUGAAACAAAUAAUUAUCAACUUGGAGACACCAGGAAUCAAAGCAUUGGAAAAAGACGGAGACAAGUCUGCCAUUGCCAAGGCAUCGAAGGCAAGUGUUGCCAAUCAGAUAGCUGAAGGGAAGGCACAGCUCACUGCAUCAAGUGGAGGCUCUGAUGCGUUUGCUUUGAUCAUUGAUGGGAAAUCUCUUGCAUAUGCUCUGGAGGAUGAUGUCAAGUACAAUUUUCUAGAUUUGGCUAUGGGCUGUGCAUCCGUUAUCUGCUGCCGCUCAUCACCAAAACAGAAAGCACUCGUUACAAGAUUGGUUAAAGUUGGAACUGGUAAGACAACAUUAGCAAUUGGUGAUGGGGCCAAUGACGUGGGAAUGCUUCAAGAAGCUGAUAUUGGUGUUGGGAUUAGUGGUGUUGAAGGCAUGCAGGCAGUCAUGUCGAGUGACUUUGCGAUUGCUCAGUUUCAAUAUCUUGAGCGUUUGCUACUUGUGCAUGGCCACUGGUGUUACAGAAGGAUCUCAUCAAUGAUAUGCUACUUCUUCUACAAGAACAUCACGUUUGGCAUUACUAUCUUCUUGUUUGAGGCAUAUGCAUCAUUCUCCGGGCAAGCGGCGUACAAUGAUUGGUAUAUGUCAUUGUAUAAUGUAUUCUUCACAUCACUUCCGGUGAUUGCUCUGGGUGUGUUUGACCAGGAUGUCUCUGCUCGGUUCUGUCUCAAGUUCCCUUUAUUGUACCAAGAAGGUGUGCAGAAUGUUCUCUUCAGCUGGAUUCGAAUAUUGAGCUGGAUGUUCAAUGGGGUUUGCAGUGGCAUAAUCAUUUUUUUCUUCUGCACAAAGGCACUGGAGAUCCAGGCUUUCCGUAAGGGAGGAGAGGUUGUUGGAAUGGAGAUCUUGGGGGCAACCAUGUACACAUGUACUGUAUGGGUUGUGAAUUGCCAGAUGGCACUCUCUGUUAGUUACUUCACCCUCAUACAACAUAUCUUCAUCUGGGGUGGAAUUGUACUUUGGUACCUUUUCCUUUUGGGCUACGGUGCUAUCCCAUCUACCAUAUCGACCACUGCCUACAAGGUAUUCAUUGAGGCUUGUGCUCCAGCGCCCUCCUACUGGAUUAUCACGCUGUUUGUGGUAAUCUCCUGUCUCGUCCCCUACAUCACAUUCACUGCUAUCCAGUUGCGGUUCUUUCCCAUGUAUCAUGCGAUGAUACAAUGGAUAAGAAUAGAUGGACAAUCAGAAGAUCCUGAGUACUGCCACAUGGUGCGGCAGAGAUCAAUUCGGCCCACCACGGUAGGUUUCACAGCCCGGGUUGAAGCUAAAAAAAGACAUUUGAGAGAGAAACGCCAUCACAGGACGUAAUUGCUUGCACCAAAAUUUUGGAUGGGUUGCCAUUUGCAUGUCAGGCGAGGCAAUGUAUAGAAGGCCAAGCGGAUGUGUUUUAAUUCUUCAGUGAACAGGCAGUCACUUAUGCUUUCUCCUGCUUGACUAUUAAGAUUGCCUUGCCAAUACCAGUGUCAGGAUAAUUGCUGCUGCCUUUUCCAGUCACAGAAAAGCAGAAAUCUGUUGUAUACUUAACUAUUCAUUAGUUGGGCAGAGGAAGCCCAAAGGCUGUAAAUUUGAUGCUUUGGUGUCUCAGGCCAUGUCAUUUUUUGCCCUUUGAGUUUUGAUUAUCCAUCUUGUAUUAUUACUCCCCUUUUGUAUGU